AUGGAUCAUGAGGAAAUGCAUGAUGGCAAGCGGCAGCAUUUCAUGCACAUGACAUUCUUCUGGGGGACAAAGUCCGAGGUUCUGUUCGCCCAAUGGCCUGGAGACAGCCAGUAUUGGAUGUACACACUCGCUCUGCUCUUUGUCUUCAUCAUGUCCUUCCUCGUCGAGUGGCUCUCCCACACACGCUUCACCAAACCCGGUUCCAGAAACAUUGUUGCCGGUCUGGUUCAGACCUUGCUGUACCUCCUUAGAGUUGGUUUGGCCUACCUUGUUAUGCUGGCGCUCAUGUCUUUUAAUGGUGGUGUGUUCUUGGUCGCUGUGCUCGCUCACGCUCUUGGCUUCUUCUUGUUCCGUAGCAGGGCUUUUUCUAAACCGCCAAAUGAUGAUCUUCCUCCAAUGUCUUGUUAA